AGUAUAAUAAUGAACUGACUCACAAUAGAUCAGGCGAAAGUUAUAAACUGGGUACAAUCGAUAAUGCACAUUUAAUAUUGCGUUGUCAAUAUUUAAGAGCUGAUUCUACUAAUUGUCAGUUUGAACAAACUACAGACAAAGUGAAAAAGCUCUUGUUCAGAAACAUGCAAAUAAAGACAAAUAUAUUGUCAUCCUAGCUGUCAAUCAUGGUUAUAUGAAAACGGUUUGGAAUUGGGUAAGCUUUUUGUUUUUCCGAAAAGUCUAAAAUUCUUUUCCUAUGUAUCGAAUUUGCAAGCCAACAUAUAAUAGAGAGUACGAAAGGAUUACUGAUCUAUGCAGUUGAGGUGCAGUGUGUAUCAUUUAAAAAUUGUUCAGUUCAUCGACUAGCAAAUCGAGGUAAUGAAUAUUGUAAAGUUAUCUAAUGUAUUCACUCCUAUACCUUUCUAACUCAAAAGUGGAAUAUAUACGUUUUGGGAUCAUUGUAACUUUUUGAAGUCAUCCUACCCUAGAUAGGGAAGGGUGAGAGCGCCCUGAGCAUCUCUACUGUAAAUUAAUUUUAAAAAUUUAGCAAGUUUUUACUUUUGUUUAGACUAGUAGAGAGAAAUAUUUUUCUUUUGCUAUAACUUAUGCUUUACAUUCAAAACGCCUACCGUUCCAUAUUACACAAAGCGAAUCUUAAAGCGACCACUUUUUUGCAAAGUGUGUUAAAUUACAAAAAUAUGAUAAAGCUGUAUACGUCUCUUACAGUUUCCUUUCCCUUCUAAUUGGAUAGUAGUCAGCGACGACUGUACUGAUGACGACAGGACUUUGUCGCUUAGGUUUUGAAAAAUCGCAUACUGGUUAGCUGAUAAAUUUUUAGUCUUAAUACAAUUCUGGAUUCAUUGUGAUAAAGCCUAUGACAUCGCUACAUUCAACUUUAGCAAGCAUAUACUAGCCUAUAUAGUGUAGAUCAGUCUGGAUGAAACUCUCGAAAAAUCCUAGUAAAGUAUGACUAUGAAAAAAUCAGCACGUUUCUGGGGUGUUUACCAAAAUCAGAGAGAAAUGUGACCCCUUUAAGAACAUUCACCGUUCAAAAUGUCUAUCACUGUUUCUAAAACGUCUAAAAACGCUCCGUUACCUCUUCACAAUGGUUUUUCAUAUAUUGUCAAUCGAAAGAAUGAAGAAAAAGUUUAUUGGAAAUGUGAAUUUCAAAAAACAUUUUCAUGUCAUGCACGUCUUCAUACAGAUUUAAACAAUGUUAUCAUUAAAGUGGUUGGUGAAGGCGAAAAUCAUGCUGGCAAUCCACGUUCAGAAUCAGUAAAAAAAUUUCAUGAAAAUUUAAAACAAGAGACUGCACAUAACCAUACAAAUCCACACAAUAUUUUGACACAAAAUUAUAUUGGUGUUCCCGACGAGGCCAAUGAUUUUAAACACCGAUAUGAAACAGACGUUGAGUUCGCCGAUAAUAUUCACAAAAUUGCCUCACUAUCAUUUCUGGAACCAACAUCAGUAGCAGAAGGUUUCGAAUUAUUAUGUUCAAAAUUUGGUGAUGAUUAUGAACCUAUUCUAGAUUAUAUUGAAGACACAUAUAUUGAUAAACUGAUCAAGGAAGAAAAUAAUUUACAUUCAGAUAUAGUGAAUGCAAAAUCUGUCCGUGAACCAGCAAUCCAGAAACAAUAUGAGUCACUAAAUAAGCGUUUACAUAGUUUGGUGGAGAACCCUCAUCCAACAAUUUAUGAUCAGUUACAAGCUAUCGGAUGUUUACUUAAUAUGGAUGAUAAAUAUAUAAAAUUAACUGAUUAUCUAAUAACAACAUAUAUAUCGGGUGAAAAAUUUAAUAUCCAAUUCUGGAAUUUAUAUGAUGCGAUUGGUGUACGUCCACGUACUAAUAAUUAUCUUGAAGGAUGGUAUCGUGAUCAAAAUUCACUAGAGACGCGUGUAGAUGGUUACGAUAAUAUAGUGCAUGAAGAAGAAAAUGUACGACUGUAUUUAUAUCAAAUGGAUCCAAGUAAAACAUUGCAAUGUGAUUCAAAUCCAUUAUUAUCCGAAACACAUUUACCAGGUGGCGAUUUUCUAUCAUUAAUACCAUCAUCAGCUGAUCCAUUUCAUUGUAAUACAUUAUGUUGUACAUAUAUGUCAUGUGUUCCAUGGUCUUAUGCUUCAUCAGCACCAUCAGAUUUUAACGAUUGUCAUAAAAAUGAGCCAUGUUGUUAUUUAAAAUCAUAUAUAACCGAAUCCUCUCAUAAUCCAACGAUAAUAUCUGCCAUAAUGAAUCGUACAUUUCCCUACAAUCAUCCACCAUCAGGUUUAAGAUUAGCUGUACCAUUAGGUGAUAUUACAACAGAUUCAAUUGAAUUACGAGGUGAUGGAAUAUUUCAUGAUUGGACAAUUGAAAAUCAAUCGCCGGCUACUGGAGCAAAAUUUAAUUUCGUUGAUGAUGCAUUAUUAGCAUUUCGAAUUAAAAAUUCUAAUACAAAUGAAAGUGAUGCACGAUUAAUACGUACACAUUCAAAUCAUGAUAUAAAAGAUAUACAAUAUAUUAAAUAUUAUGGUUCAUAUCCUGUAAGUAAAUUAGAAUUAAUUAAUGAUACAAUAUUAGCAAAUAUUGAUUUAUAUGCAUAUUCAAUAUUUAAACCGGGUAAUUUGAAUCGUUCUAUGAUACCAGCUAUUAUAUAUUCAUUAAAUAUAUAUAAUCCAAAUUCCUAUCCAGUUAAUAUUGAUUUUAUGUAUAGUUUACCAUUAUCUUGUCAAAUUGAUCAAACAAGACAAUCAAAUAAUAUAAUACAACAAAUAUUAUCUGAUAAAUAUAUUGAUUGUAUUAAUUUUUGUGAUCAAAA